UGACGUUUCGGCUGGUUACCCCAGUGAUUAACCAGCACAGCACAUACACACUCUGUGGUGAGAUCAAGAGCUGUCAUCAUGGAUGAGCUCGAUUUGCUGUUGGAGGAACUGGCCCUGAAUUCAAAAGGUUCAGAAAUUCUCCAAGAAAACAAAAAUGAUGAUGCAGCUGAUCUAGAGGUUCCCAGAGCUGGCAAAAAAGAAAACAGCUCAGUCAGCACAAAUGCUUACAGUGAUCUGCCAGCUCCCGUUGCAGCUUCCCCGACUCUUGACUCACCCACUCAAGAGUUGGACUCUAUCCUGCAAGACCUGCUGGGUCUGGCACAGGGGGAUUCAGUACCUUCAGAAACCCCACCACCACUUGUACAAAAGAAGUCUGUGAAGAAAAAAACAGAAGAUAGACAACAGGAGAGAAAGGAGGACAACAGCGGUCCAGCAGAUUCAGAUACAACAGCCACAACCCCAAAACAGAAAACAGACGCUAUAGAUGACCUGCUAGGGGGGCUGAGCUCUGAUUUGGAGAAAAUUGGUGUGCGCACCACCACCAAGGGCCACUGUGCUGCCUGCAACAAAUGCAUUGUGGGAAAGAUGAUCACAGCACUGGGAGAAGUAUGGCAUCCUGAACACUUUGUGUGUGUGGUGUGUAAGAUGGAGCUGAGCACAAGAGGCUUCUUUGAGAGAGACGGACGACCAUACUGUGACAAAGACUACCAUGACCUUUUUUCUCCACGUUGUGCCUAUUGCAAGGGGGCCAUUAUACAGAACGUCCUCACAGCUCUGGACCAGACCUGGCACCCAGAGCAUUUCUUCUGCACAUACUGUGGAAACCUGUUUGGACCAGAAGGUUUCUUGGAGAAAGAUGGGAAACCAUACUGUUCUAAGGACUUCUACCAUCUCUUUGCUCCCAAGUGCUCCGGCUGUGGAGACUCAGUGAGGGAAAACUACCUGACUGCAGCCAAUGGCACCUGGCAUUCAGAGUGCUUCGUCUGUGCAGACUGCCUGAAGCCCUUCACUGAUGGCUGUUUCAUGGAGCUAGAUGGGCGGCCCCUCUGUGCUCUGCAUUUUCACUCCAGGCAGGGAACUCUGUGUGGUGGCUGUUGUGAGCCCAUCACCGGCCGUUGCAUCUCUGCUCUUGAUCGCAAGUUUCAUCCCGAGCACUUUGUGUGUGCUUUCUGUAUGCGGCAGCUCAGCCAGGGCAUCUUCAAGGAGCAGAAAGGGAAGCCGUACUGCGCAGGCUGCUUUAACAAACUUUUUCUGUGAAAUAUAUACAGCAUGUAACAUAUGUGUAAUGCUUGGACAGACUGUUUUCAUUUAACGUAUUAUUUUUCAUACGAGUAUCAAUGAUGAAAUAAGGCAUUUGCACUGUAAUAAGACAUCCAAUACAAUUAAGAACAUGUAUGAAACACUGGUCUAAAUAAUUAAGAGGUCAUGUAGAAAUCUCAGAAGGAAAAGCUAACACUGUAAAAUAAUUACUUACAUGGUUGUAGAACACAAGGAAAAUAUUUCCCUUGCAGAAAACACAAGAGAAACCUCUGCAUAUGUGAACUUUGGAUGUUUUCAAAAGGCAUGUCCCUGACACUUGGUCUACAUUUUAUGGGAUUUCAUAAAUCAUGAUAACAUAAAAUUUAAAAAUGAAGAAAUAAAAAUAAAGAAGUGCUGGUUUAAUCAAUGGUUUCCAUAAAGCUAUCCUCAGUUUGGCAGUCUGAAGAUACUUUAGUUCAGUCUGUCAAGGGGUUUGUCUAUGUGGCCUGAUAGUUUGUAUUGGCAGUGACUGGCAGUGACUCGGCAUGCCAACUUGAGUUUCCUCUUUCUCUGACUGACCACUUGGCCCCUGGCAGGCACUGCAUUCCUCUUCAUUCUCCACACAGGCUCCUUUAUGGCUGCUUAUGGAAGAUUAAUGAAUGUGGUGAGAUUAACAAAGGUGGUUUAAGAAGGAGAUCCUUCGCAUCCUUGGAUCUCUUUAGAAACUCCCUUUUACUGUUGAGGGAUGAAUGAACCACAAAGCAUUUUAAUGCUUUGGUUGUUGGCAGAUUUAGACUCAUUUUGUUACAGGCUGACAUUUUUAGCUCACCAAUAACUAAUAGUCUGGAUGAUAUGUGAAGAUGAGACAUUUGCAGCUGGAUGUGCUGGUCUUUUAAAAAGGUUAUAUUAAUGUAAUU